AUGGUGGCACCAAAGUUUCUUCUCAAUAGUGAUAAACAAAAUAGUGAUGGUGAUAAAUCUCCUAGUCCAGAACCCUUCAGGGAACCCGAAGAUUUGGUGUCGAUUGAUUUGCACAAUGAAAGAAAAAGUCGGAAAAAUUCGAAAUCAAUUGGUGAUAAAGAAGUAAAGUACAAGGAAAAAGUGUUCAAGAUUUUGGUGUUGGUCUUUGUCUUCAACAUCAUUAUCCUGAUGAUUUUUGCGGUAAUGGUGUACUUGAAUGAGGAAAAAUAUUUAUUCAAAACGAAACCACUGUCCUUACCAAUCUUCAAUAGAGCUGGAGAACAAAUCAUUCUAGAUGAAUCUGUAGACCCUUUGGAAGAUAUGAUCCUCAGAUGCUUAGACCAAAAUAGUUUAUCAGUGUGUUGUGAUUUCUUCAAGAAUGCAGAAACUUCAUUCAACUUGGAUGAAUGGUGCGAGUUAGAUAACAUGAUUUCUUCAAUGGAUAUAGAUGUCAGGCGAAAACGAGAACUCAAACGUGAUGCAGUUCCAGAAGCCAUAAAUCAACUCAUGUACACUGACAACAAUGUUCAAGAUCAUCCGGAAUAUUACGAUUUUGACUAUGAAGAUCAUAAUAAAAUGUAUUUAGAUCACAAUGGAAAUAUUAUCAAUAUGGAUUAUAACAAUGAUGGGGAUGGAAACAGAUAUAUUGAUUAUGGAUACCAAGAACAAUCGUUCAACUAUCAAGGAUAUCCAAAUGAAAAUGAGAAUCUUUAUAAUAUUCCUAGUCCAUCUCCAUUUACUUCUGCACCAUUACCCUAUGAAUUUCCUACAUAUCAACGGAAUAACGGGCAGCACAGAAGCUCUGCAAACAUUGAAGAAGUACUUCCGAAAAAUGAUAAUGAAGCAAUAAUUGACAAAUACCAGAGACUACAUGAGCCAGAGCCAAAAUUUCACUACAAUUCUGAUUCUAGACAUUCACAAACUACUACUGAAGAUAUUCCAUAUUCUGUAUCAUUCAACUUAGAUUUUCCAGAGGAGCAGCUAAUCGACCAAGUGAUAAAUGAGUCAGAAUAUACUUCUGAGAUCGUGCCUACAUCAAAUCAUGAUGAUUUACAUGUUCAGACUGAGGAAGUUCGAAUUCAAGUACCUGAGAAAAUCGAUCAUGCCGUAGUAGAUGCGAUGAAAACGACUACAAAAACAAUUCCAAGUAGUGAUGGGCAUAUGAACAAAUACAAUUCGGAUACUAUGGGAUUAGAAAUAUCGAAAAUUGAAUCGAGUUCAUCAACUGAAGGAAGUCCAUUAAUUGAUGAACAUUUCCAAAGCUCAUCUGAAGCGAAACAACCUAGCGGAUCAAAUAAUUCACACUCCCCAUCAGAAUAUACAGACUCAACUAUACAUUCACUUGAUUCUAUUACAACGAAUGAAUACAAGUUUCAUGAGGAGUCAAUUACAAAUAUACACUCUACAACUGAAUUCGGAAUAUCUGAUGAUAGAAACUUCAAUUCACGAGAAAAAAUGGACCAGAUAUCAGAUAAACAUAGAGCAAAUGAAGCAGAGGAGAAUAGAUCUAAAAUAACGAGUGAAUAUUCUUCUCCAACAGUAGAAAUGCAAUCGAACCUGCAAGCUAUGUUCAAUCCUUGCUUCAGUCCAUACCCCAACCCUUUUUAUAAUCCAUAUAAAAUGGCCCUACCAGCACCUUACGAUGGCAAUCAAGUCAUGAAAGUAAUACAGUCUAAUAACCAGAAAGCUCCACAGUUUAUUCUGAAUCCUCCUAUGUACCCAUAUAUGCAACCGUCUUAUCUUCCGACUCAACAGUACAUGCCAAAUUAUUGGCAACAGACUCUUCAGCAAAGUCAAAGUCAAAAUACCCAUCCGAUUCAAGUUAGUGGUCCAGGAGGACAGUUUUAUGUUUGCAACCCAAUACCACCUGUCACCAAUAAUAUUGCUUCAGUUUCUGGAAUAGAAGUUAGGAGGGAGUCAUACAAUCUUCAAGAUAUGCUGGCUGAUAUUCCAGAGGAAUUCAAAGCAAGCAACAAGAGUAGAGAAGCCCCUAUAUUAUGUCCACUCGGGCAACAAUCGUGUGAAGAUGGAAGUAAAUGCAUACCAAAACAUCACGUGUGUGACAACGAAGCUCACUGUGAAGACGGUAGUGAUGAAAUGUUCUGCACGUGCAAAGACAGAGUUGGUAAACUGAGGACUUGUGAUGGGUAUUUCGAUUGUCCCGAUGGACAGGACGAACUGGGAUGCUUUGGUUGUGAGAAGGAUGAAUUCAGUUGUGAUGAUUGGUCGAGAUUCCGAAAGAGCACAUGCAUCCCAAUAGAGCAUAGGUGUGAUGGAAUUAGACAAUGUGAGAUAACUGGGAAAGACGAAGAAGACUGUUCAGUAUUAGCCGACAACGUUGGAGAUCAGCCUCAGUUCAAGAUCUCGAAUUCGGUUGGAUUCUUGCACAGGAAUUAUAAGGGAAAAUGGUAUCCAACAUGCUUUGGUACAGAUUUGUGGGCAACGGAAAUCUGCCAAACAGAAUCGGGACCAACGUCAAUUACUCCGAGAUCCCACAUGAUGUUAACAACGAACAAUUAUGAUGGCCACUUCAUAAACAUCCUACCAAACAACAACAUCAACUUAGUCAAAAACUGUGUACAAGAUAGAGCUGCAUUCGUGGAAUGUCCACCACUGUUUUGCGGCCUCAGAAUGACCAUCAAUAAUCCUUACCGUCCCCAAGAAGUGGACACAAGCGCAGAGAAUCUGAUCAAUGAUAUGGAGAGAGGAGCAGAAGUCAAGAAAGAAAAUGUUCUUCUGGGCAAUUCAAGAGUUGUUGGAGGAAAGCCCAGUCAACCUGCAGCUUGGCCUUGGCUGGUAUCUAUUUACAAGAAUGGAAUAUUCCAUUGUGGAGGUGUCCUCAUCAAUGAGAUGUGGAUAGUUACGGCAGCCCACUGUGUGGACAAAUACUGGUUAUACUACUACGAAAUCCAAGCUGGUAUGCUUAGGAGAUUCUCAUAUGCACCAAUGGAGCAACACCGAUGGGCUGCUGUAAUCAUCGCCAACGAGAACUAUGACAAGUCGACCUUAGAAAAUGAUAUUGCUCUCAUGAAGUUGUCAUCUCCAGUGAGAUUCAAUAGGUAUGUGAGGCCAAUUUGCUUGCCAUCUGAAGCGACGGCAGGCCGCAACUUCAUGGAGGGACCUUCACCAGGAACUAUAUGCACCACUGUUGGAUGGGGAGCAACAAUUGAACAUGGGUCGGAUCCCGACCACAUGCGCGAAGUCGAAGUGCCGAUCACGAAGCAGUGCAAGCACCCCGACGACAAAGGCGGCGACGAGAUCUGCGCCGGGCUGUCGGAGGGCGGCAAGGACGCGUGCCAGGGCGACAGCGGCGGCCCUUUGAUGUGCCGCAACCCGAACGACCCGAGCCAGUGGCACCUGGCGGGCAUCGUCAGCCACGGGGAGGGGUGCGCCAGGCCGGACGAGCCAGGGGUCUACACCAAGGUCAGCCGGUAUGUCGGCUGGAUCGCUGAAAAUAUCGGUAGUGAAAGAUUCUCCUCAAAUAUACCCCUACAGAGUUGUCCAGGAUACAUUUGCAGAGUCACGAACCAAUGCCUUCCAAAAAAGCACCAUUGCGAUAAAAUCGUCGAUUGUUUGUUCGGUGAUGAUGAAUCAAGCUGCAAACACAGUUUCCAUAAUAUUUUCAAGCAUUCUAGAAGGAAUCCAAUCCUAGCAAAAACACGAGAAGAAAAUGAUGAAAAGGAAGAAGAAACUACAGGAAUAUCAACGGAUUCCGAAGAUUCUAUAACAACGAAUGAAAGUUCCACUUCAAAAACAGCUUUACCAGAAACAAAUGAGAAUGCAACUAUGGAACAUGAUUCUGAGAGAUCAACAAUUGCCUAUAUAACAUCAUUUAGCGCAAAACCAGGAUUAGAGAACAUUCCAAAUCAUACUACUGGAGAAUCAAUAAUUGAUAGAACCACCAUUUCGGCUUCAAUUGAUAUGGUUCCACAUGGAGCAAUAAUAGAAAAUAAUACGAAACACCAUACAGAUACCUCGCAUGACCAUUUGAAGACGAUACCGAAUCUAAAUCGCUAUUUUAUAUGUAAAAGUUUAUUACAGUUGAUUCCUUCGGAGAAGAGAUGCAACAAAGAGGUAGACUGCGAAGAUGGUACAGAUGAAGAUCAUUGCACAUGUGUUGAUUAUAUAAGGAACACAAAUUCAGCUGCUAUUUGUGAUGGUAUUACCGAUUGUUUCGAUGGAUCUGAUGAAAUAAAUUGUGCCAUUUGUGAUUCCAUAAAUGAAUACUAUUGUCGUCAUAGUAAACAAUGUAUCCCUCUAAGAAAACGUUGCAAUGGAAUAGCUGAUUGUUCAAGAUCCGAAGACGAGUGGGACUGUGCUGCCCUUACGAAUGGCAAAACAUUAACUCUCGACAGUGAUUUACGUCCAGAGCUGGCCAUGAGUGGUAUAAUUACGAUCAAUCGUUUCGGUGUCUGGAGACCGUUCUGCUCAAACAUGUCCGACAACGAGGCAUCCAUCGUCACGAAUGUUUGUAAUUUGUUAGGCUUUGAGGAAUACGUCGGCUACCAUAAAUAUCUGGUGGAAGAUCGGCCGAUUGAUGUCCUCCAGAAAAAUGCAAGCAAGCUCUCGAUGACACAUCAAGUUAAUGAUGCGAUCCUGUCCAAAGAUGAAAACUCUAACGCGACCAAAUGUAGCGGCCUGAAUGUCACAUGCUCGGUGGUAUCUUUAGACAAGACUAUGCACAUUGGCCGUCCAGAUAACGUUAGUGGCGACGUUGAACUUUAUACUUCACCAUGGAAUGCAGUGAUUUAUUCAGACGGUAUAUAUAGAUGUAUGGGCACUAUUCUGGAUCCGCGGUGGAUUAUCACGUCCGUCAACUGUUUCAAGGGAAUUACUACGUUGAGAUGGCAUUAUAUAACUGUUAUUUUGGGAACAGGAAAAGCACAACUUCAAGUACAAGGCCCUCACGAACAAAUUAUCAGAGUGGUGGAAACUGUUGGUAUUCCUAACAGCGACAUCGUAUUGUUACGUAUUGGAAAAAAUAUGACAUAUACCCGAUAUGUUAAAAAUGCCGCUUUAGAGCUGAGACGGGAAGGUAGACGAAGAGAAAGAUGCAUUGCCAUUGGCUUACAUCGAAAUCAUGCGAAAUAUAUACGACUAACACCUUUAGAACUCUGUGAAGUUGGAUUCAGGUGUUUCGAGAGCAAUGUAAUGAAGGAAUGUGGGAACUCGGAACCAUGGAGUGGAACAAUAGUCUGCCAUUCUAGUAAUGGAUGGUAUCCGGCUGCCGUUUAUCAUGAGGCGACUGGUCCAUGUGGAUUGACAGCUGUGAAAAAAUAUACGAGUAUUCCAUUCUACAAAAAUAAAAUUCUCAACAUCAUGAAACAUGCCUCUAUCUCAGUUGAUGCCCCACCCUGUGACGGAUUCAGAUGUGCAUUAGGGGAAUGCAUCAACGAAAAUAAAACCUGUGAUGGAAUACCCGACUGUAGAAGUGGAGAAGACGAAAUUCCAGAGAUUUGCUCAGAAAAGAAAUGGUCCUGCCAUCUAUCGAACAAAACUUGCGGUUGUCCUAAGACUCAAUUGAAAUGCAAAAAUGACGAAUGUGUUCCCAAAUUUACUUUCUGUGAUGGAAAAAAUGAUUGCGGUGAUAACAGCGAUGAACCAACUGUAUGUUCUUGCAGAGCUUAUCUAGAAUUAACAGAUCCUAAUAAAGUAUGCGAUGGAAUUUUGAAUUGUCUUGAUAGAAGCGAUGAGGAUCCCCUAUUUUGUUCCUGUCGAAAAGACGAUUUCAAUUGCAUAAGUGUCGAUGUUUGCGUAAGAAACGACAUGGUAUGUGACGGGAUCGAAGAUUGUCCUAAUGGCGAGGACGAAAAAGUGUGCUAUGACUUAUCGUCAUCUAGAGGCAGAAGAUCUAAUGCUGGUGAAGUGAUGAAGCGAACUGGUGGGAUAUGGCACAGUGGUUGUUUCAACAUCAGUUAUAACACGGAGGAACUCGAACAUAUUUGCGAACAAUUGGGAUUCUUCAAUAGUACCCCAAUUCAACUGAAGCCACCACAAGACAUCGGUAACAUGACUACCUCACGUCCUGUAAUCGAUAAUUUCGACCUGAUAUGGAUUCAUAGAAACCAGGGUAACAAGUUCAGCCUAAGUAUUCGCAGAGGGAAUGAGCCGUUUGUUAAGUUUGUUCCGGAUGACCAUUGUUAUAGAUUAUUUGUGGCCUGUUUGUAG